UCCAGCAUCACAAGAGAUCACACAGUCCUGGAUUAGCAGAUGAGCUCCAGCAUGGUCCGAACGGGAGGUACUGGAUCUCAUUGCAUGCUGGGGAGAUGAAUCUGUUAUGGCAGAACUACGUUCCAAAAAAAGGAUCACAAAUACUUACGCUAAAGUCUCCAGGGCCAUGAUGGAAAGAGGCUUCUCCAGGGACACAGAGCAGUGUCAUACAAAAAUCAAGGAAUUCAGGCAAGCAUACCAUAAAGCCAGAGAGGCGAAUGGGUGCUCUGGGUCACAGCCCCAUACAUUCCGCUUCUAUCAUGAGCUGCAUGCAAUUAUGGGGGGUGACGCCACCACUACCCCAUCACUGUCCGUGGACACCUGCAAGGGGGGAGUUGCAUGGAGCGGGGAGGAAGAGUCAUUGGAGGACAAAGAGGAGGACAGUGUACAAGCGGCAAGUGGGGAAUUUGUUUUCCUCCCUAGCCAGGAACUAUUCUUAACACUGGAUCCAAUAGCCUCCCGCCACUCCCAAGGUGGGCUCCCAGACCAUGACCCUGGAGAAGGUACUUCUAGUGCAAAUGUUUCAACAUGGCCCCUAUCUACUCCUUCCCAGAGGCUGGUCCAGAUAAGAUGGUGGAAAAAACGAACUCAGGACGACAUAUUCACAAAGCUCAUGCAGUCCUCUCGCACUGAUAGGGCCCAGCUGAAUGUAUGGAGGCAAACAACUGCAGAGUCGCGUAAAGCAUUACAGGAAUAUGAAGAGAGGAGGGACACGUGCCAUGAGAGCAGACCUGCCUGGCCCACCUCUCUGUCUGCCAUCUCACACAGAAUCAUGGAGCUUGUAUGGCUCUGCACUAUUGUCAUGAGCGUUUGCACCCAAAGGUACAUACUCCUUUACUUUGCAGAGCAGCAAACAUAUAUGUGGGGUGUGACAUUAUACUCUACAUUCUUUAUGAAAAAAUGCUUAUGAUAUGGAUAAGACAUAGCUAAUAUAUACUUUAUGCAAGAUGGCUGAUGUGGUGUAUCAUUGCAAAACUUUAGACCUAUUGACUGUGUUUAUCCAACCUGUAUGCAUGUAACAUUUAUCUCUGAGGCUAGAAAUAUUGACCAUAUCUCUGUAUUUCAAAUGUGCUUUGUUGGAUGAAGCCAGACAAUGUUAGUGGCUUAUUGAUGGAAGGCACAAAGACAUAAAGAUUACCCCAGGAACUGUGUGCAAUAGGAACCUCUGAAUGUUAGUGUUAUACAAUGGGGACUACUUGACCACGAUCAGACACCUCUGCACAGUGGAUGCUGUUUGACCCAGGUCACAGCACAAGAGCCUUCCAGAAAUUGGGGGGAAGAAAGAAAAGGUGGACAAUGACAGCCUACAAGAACAACCGGAAACACCUGAGGUACAAAGACUGAACAGUGAGAAGUGAUUGUCCCAGCAAUCUGGACGAUGGGAAGACAGACACUUCAGCUCAGCAUACUGAGAAUGAGAAGGAUCUGACAUUAUCAACCACUGAAGAAUAAUCCAGCUGUGUAUAAUAUAUUGUAUGUCUCCAUUAUGCAGACAUAGACCUUUCUCUCACUGCUAAUAAAACUAAUGAAAACAACACAAGACCAGUUAAGUUUUAACAGUGAAGACAAAGGCUAAGGAAAAUGUCUCAAAAAUUAAAUGAGAGCGCAAUGAGGUGACAUGUGAAUACCACAGUUCUGAGUGUAUUUUUUGUGGUGAUACCUCUUUGCUCCUUAUGCGUGUGAAACAGUGACAGAAGUGGAAGUCUGUAUAAAGCACGAUGGUAGAUUUUCUGCCUGUGAGCUUGCUUUCCAAAGUAAUUAAGUAUUUCACAUACUAUUUAUAAUGUUUUUCACUGCUCUCAAUGUUUUGUGUGCAUUCAAU